UUUCACAAUUCUUUUCUUUCCCACUAUUUAAAUUCUAAAAUGUAACUGAACACAUUGUUUUGCCCCCUUAGGAGUGCAACAUUCCCCAUUUUUCAUUCUUCAAACUCUAGGCUGCACAACCCUUACUGUUGUAAACAUUACCAUGUCUCAGAGGGAGCAUCACAUAUUACUCCAGUACAAGUUAUUGGCUUCGGGGUCCAGUAUUUAAAGCAAGUUUUAAAAUGUGCACAUUUAUUAGAUGCACAUGUCAUCCUCAGGUGGAUAUGCCCCACCAUCUCGUCAUCCAAGCCAUCUUUUUGCAAGGGAGGAAAUAACUAAGUUCAUUUACUGUACUUGGUCAACUUUUAGGUCCUACUUUAAUUGAUUAUUUUGAUUUUCUUCACUACAUUUCAGAGGAACACAAGUAGGCUACAAUAUACAUACAAAACAUAAGUCAGGAAAAUGAAUCGAUGUGUAUAACAUACUUGGGUAUUGGCUUAUCCUCGACCAUCUACCACAUUAACAUGCUUCUUAGAUGUAAAUGCAUUCAGAACAAUAAUUCAAUAUAACAAAAAGUCUGAAAGGGGCAUUUAUUUCAUUUUUGGUACUUUUAAGUAGCCAUUUUGGACUGUUACUCAAGUCCAAUUUUGAAUGCAAAAGCUUUACUUUUAUACGCCUAUUUUUGCAGUUACUUUGACUGAAGUAGAAGAUCCGCACACGUCACCCCACAGUGAUCACGUCCUACGACGAACGAGUGAAAACGGAAUGCAAUUAUUUCAACGCGACGUUGCGUUUGAACCCGAGUUGAACUCACCCUCCUCCCGACGGGAGUCCGCAAACAGCGGGAUGGUGCGCGCUCCCGCAGUCAAAUGGAAGUGCACUCGAGUGGGACAGACACACACUGACAGAAGAUGGCGAUGAGAGUGGCUCUGCGGCGCCUCUCUGCAAACUUUUCUCCCAGACUGCCUCGGCUCUCGUCGGCAGUGCAGGUUUCCGCUCGGUUGCUGUGGAGGAGCGACUCUCCGCGGACACUGAGCUCGACCUCGGUCCUGUCCACAGCCCUAAAAUUCACAGAAAAGCACGAGUGGGUACGAGUGGAAGGUGGAAUCGGCACAAUUGGUAUCAGCAAGUAUGCUCAGGAAGCUUUAGGUGACGUGGUGUACUGCGGACUCCCUGAAGUUGGCCAAAGACUUGAACAGUUGGAGGAGUUUGGUGCCUUGGAAAGCGUAAAGGCUGCCAGUGAGUUAUACUCACCACUGGAAGGAGAAGUGACUGAAAUCAACACAGAGCUGGCAGAGAAUCCUGGACUCGUGAAUAAAGCCUGCUAUGCAGAGGGGUGGCUUAUCAAGAUGACAAUUGAAAAGCCUGAAGAACUCGAAGGCCUCAUGGAUCAAGCUGCAUAUGAGACAUUUAUAACGUCACUUGAAGAAUAAAUGGAUAAACUCCACUGUGCUGUUUUUAUAAUCACAAUCAAAGAUGAGUAAGUAGGGUUACUAACAUCUUGUGUGACACACUUUAUUUAUUUUGAUACUGAAAUUGUGCUAUCAAAAUAAUAAUAAAAGUCCUCACUAACAUAUAAGGUUAGGUUUUGUUUAGCAACCAAAAGGGCUGUUAAUAUCCAGAUCUGUCGUACACUGGUUUCUAAUGCUUUGCUCCAUGUGAACAAAUGUGGGAAAAGCCUGGAAAGUGAUUGUAAGAGCCGUGUCACAUUUGUUUAAUAAAAUGUGUUCCUGUC